AUGGAGAAUUUGUUCAGCGUUGCGGGCCUGGUAGCUGUUGUCACGGGCGGAGGAACUGGUCUCGGUCUGUAUACGGCUCAGGCUUUGGAUGCCAACGGCGCGAAAGCCGUCUACGUGGUGGGCCGGAGAGCAGACCCGCUGCAAAAGGCCGCGGAGAGUGCAGUGAACGGAUCCAUCAUUCCGCUCGUCGGAGAUGUCACGGACGUCGACUCGCUGAACGACGUCGUCGCCGUCGUUGAAAAGGAGCAAGGAUUCGUCAACGUCGUCUUUGCCAAUGCUGGCACAACCGGCGUGUGUCAUGAUCCGGAUGACAACGUCCAAACUGGUACCGCGGGUCAAUUUCAGUCCAAGAUGCUGAAGCCGGAGCUCCUUCAGGAAUUUACACAAAUCCUGAAUGUCAACACCACCGCGGUCUUCUACACAGCCAUGGCUUUUCUCGAGCUGCUCGACAAAGGGAACAGACAGGGAAAUGUCGUCCAGGACUCACAAAUCGUGGUGACCACAUCGGCCGCCGCGUACGACCGCAGCUUGUUGCCUACGCUCACGGCGUACUGCACUUCCAAGGCCGCCUCGUCGGGGCUUGCGGAGAUACUGUCAACGAAGUUCGCACAGCGUUCUCUGCGUAUUCGUGUCAACAGUCUCGCCCCUGGACACUAUCCGACCGAAAUGAACAGCGCGUACAUGGCAAUGUUCCCGCCAUAUACGAACAGUCGAUCCGAAGGUGCUUUCCAGGGGGCGAGGUCUUUGCCGCGGGAGAUGUGUCCCGCCGAGAGGAGCGGUAGUCCGGAAGACAUCGCUGGUGCUGUCUUGUUUUUGGCAAGCCGCGCUGGAGCGUACCUGAACGGCACGACGCUCCUCAGCCUCAAGGUCUUGCCUUCGCCACUGUUCGAGCUUGCCGUCCAUCUUCCAGGCUCGAAUUUUGGCAAUGCUCCCUCGAACCAUAUUGACGGCCAGCUCCUUGUAGUGCUUUUCGAUCGUGAGGGCCUCCACGCUAUCAGGCGCUGGGCCAUGCUCUCCCAUUUUCAGCUCGUAGAUCAACGUAAGGAUCUUAACAUGUCUGACGAAGUCGCCGAAAUCGUUCGGAUUGCGCGCUCCGCGCUUGAUGCCUUGCCAAAGUUCGGCAACGGUCAACCUUUGGGCUGA